AUGUCCCAACACCUGUUCCUCCCAGUUGUAAUAAUGGUGGCCAGCCCCAUCCCAGGAGCCUUCCAGGACUCAGCCGUCAGUCCUACCCAAGGAGAGUUUGAAGACUUAGACUGCGGCCGCCCUGAGCCCUCUUCCCGCAUCGUGGGGGGCUCCGACGCACAUCCGGGCACUUGGCCAUGGCAGGUGAGCCUGCAUCAAGGUGGGGCCCACAUCUGCGGGGGCUCGCUCAUCGCCCCUUCCUGGGUCCUCUCCGCUGCUCACUGUUUCGUGACGAAUGGGACCUUGGAGCCUGCGGACGAAUGGUCAGUCCUGCUGGGCGUGCACUCCCAGGACGGGCCCCUGGACGGCGCGCACUUGCGCUCAGUGGCCGCCAUCCUGGUGCCGCACAACUACAGCAGUGUGGAACUGGGCGCCGACUUGGCUCUGCUGCGCCUGGCCUCGCCCGCCAGGCUGAGCCCCUGGGUGCGGCCGGUCUGCCUGCCCCGUGCCUCACACCGCUUUGCUCACGGCACCGCCUGCUGGGCCACUGGCUGGGGAGACGUCCAGGAGGCUGACCCUCUGCCUUUCCCGUGGGUGCUACAGGAAGUGGAGCUAAGGUUGCUGGGAGAGGCUGCCUGUCAGUGUCUCUACAGCCGGCCUGGCCCUUUCAACCUGACAUUCCAGCUGUUGCCAGGGAUGCUGUGUGCUGGCUAUCCAGAGGGACGCAGGGACACCUGCCAGGGUGACUCUGGGGGACCGCUGGUCUGUGAGGAUGGCGGCCGCUGGUUCCUGGCGGGAAUCACCAGCUUUGGCUUUGGCUGUGGACGGAGGAACCGCCCUGGGGUGUUCACUGCAGUGGCUCCCUAUGAGUCUUGGAUACGGGAACACGUGAUGGGCACAGAGCCUGGGCCUGCCUUUCCCAGCCAGCUUCAGAAGCCCCAGUCAGGACCUUGGGAUCCCAGAGAAGAAAACUGUACCUUUGCCCAACCAGAGUGCGGGAAGACUUCGCAGCCAGGGACCUGGCCCUGGGAGGCCCAGGUGAUGGUGCCAGGUUUCAGACCCUGCUAUGGAGCGCUGGUGUCUGACAGCUGGGUCUUGGCACCCGCCAGCUGCUUUCUGGACUUCCCCAUCCAGCAGCCCCGCACCUCUGACAGCCCACCCCGCGACCUUGAGGCCUGGCGGGUGCUGCUGCCCUCGCAUCCGGGGGAGGAGAGGGUGGCGCGCCUCGUGCCGCACAAGAACGCUUCCAGGGACUCGGCCUCGGACCUGGCGCUGCUGCAGCUGAGGACGCGCGUGAACCUGACCGCCGCCCCGAGUGCCGUGUGCCUGCCCCAUCCCGAACACUUCUUCCUGCCCGGGAGCCGCUGCCACCUGGCUCGCUGGGGCCGCGGGGAACCCGCCCCCGGCUCCAGCGCGCAGCUGGAGGCGCAGCUGUUGAACAGCUGGUGGUGUCACUGCCUGUACGGACGCCAGGGGGAGUCGGUGCCACCGCCAGGAGAACCGCCGCGCCUGCUUUGCCCCGCCUACCAGGAGGAGGAAGAGGCGGGGCGAUGCUGGAACGAUUCCGGUUGGAGCCUUCUGUGUCGUGAGGAGGGGACGUGGUUCCUGGCUGGAUACAGAACCCUCUCAAGUGGUUGUCUCCGGCCCCGAGCCUUCUCCCCACUGCAGAUUCAUGGUCCAUGGAUCAGUCAUGUGACUCAGGGAGCUUACUUGGAGGAUCAGCUAACCUGGGACUGGGGCCCUGAGGGGGAGGAGACUGAGGAUCAGAUUUGUCCCCCCCACACUGAGCACGGUGCCUGUGGCCUAAGGCCAAAGGCCACUCCAGCUGGUGUGUUGUGGCCCUGGCUGACAGAGGUGCAUGUGACUGGUAAUCGAGUCUGCACUGGGAUUCUGGUUGCCCCAGGCUGGGUCCUAGCAGCCACUCACUGUAUUCUCAGGCUGGGCUCUACAGCAGUGCCUUACAUUGAAGUGUAUCUGGGCCAGGCAGGGGCCAGCUCCCUCCCACAGGGCUACCAGGUAUCCCGCUCUGUCGUCAGCAUCCGCCUGCCCAGGCAUUUAGGACUUAGACCCCCCCUGGCCCUCCUGGAGCUGAACUCUCGGGUGGAGCCUUCCCCAUCGGUUCUGCCCAUCUGCCUACACCCAGGGGGUAUUCCCCCAGGGGCCAGCUGCUGGGUGCUGGGCUGGAAGGACCCCCAGGACAGAGUUCCUGUAGCUGCUGCUGUCUCCAUCUUGACACCGCGACUCUGUCGCUGCCUCUAUCAGGGCAUUCUGACGCCGGGAACCUUCUGUGUCCUCUAUGCCGAGGGGCAGGAGGAUAGAUGUGAGGUGACCUCAGCACCUCCCCUCCUGUGCCAGACUGAGGGAGGCCCCUGGGUUCUCAUGGGCAUGGCCGUUCGAGGUAGCCAAGAGCUGUUUGCGGCCAUUGAUCCUGAAGCUACCUGGAUAUCGCAAACAGUGGGAGAAGCCCAUUUUCUUCAUCCUAGCGGCUCCCCCUACUGGCCUCCUGAAGACAGUGACCUCUGCCCCCCAGACUUGGCAGGAACUGCCAGCUCCCCUAAGGUUGCUGCUGCUCUGCUUCUGCUUCUCCUGGCUCUGCAGAUCCAGGUGCUAGAGACUAAAGGCGUGUCUUCACCCCCCCGUGGCCAUUUCCUGCCAAGAAGCCCGCCGUUCACUGGCUUCACCUUCCUGGGAUUCCUCACUUCUGAGCCCACAUCUAAAUCCUGCCUUUCAAAACCAGCCUUCCUUCCUUCCUUCUCUACCAACAGUCUCCCCCGGGGGUCCUCGUCCUGGGCCAUGGCCCUAAGGGUGGGCCUGGGACCUGGGCAGCUGGAAGCUGUGGCCAUUCUGCUUCUUCUCGGAUUGCUCCAGUCAAGAAUGGGAGCUGACGGGGCUGAAGCCCCGUGUGGUGCAGUCAUGCAGCCACGCAUCACAGGCGGUAGCAAAGCCAAGCCUGGCCAGUGGCCCUGGCAGGUCAGCAUCACCUACGAUGGCGUCCAUGUGUGUGGAGGGUCACUGGUGUCCAAUCAAUGGGUGGUGUCAGCUGCUCACUGCUUCCCCAGAGAACACUCCAGGGAACAGUAUGAGGUGAAGAUGGGGGCCCACCAGCUGGACUCCUACAACAACGAGACCGUGGACCGCACAGUGGCCCAGAUCAUCGCCCACUCAAGCUACCGUGAAGAGGGCUCCCAGGGUGACAUUGCACUCGUCCGUCUCAGCAGCCCUGUCACCUUCUCCCGCUACAUCAAACCCAUCUGCCUCCCUGCAGCCAAUGCCUCCUUUCCCAACGGCCUCCAGUGUACUGUCACAGGAUGGGGGCAUGUGGCCCCUUCAGUGAGCCUCCAGAUGCCCAGGCCACUGCAGCAACUUGAGGUACCACUAAUCAGCCGUGAAACCUGUGGCUGCCUAUACAAUAUCAAUGCCGUGCCUGAAGAACCCCAUACUAUCCAGCAGGACAUGCUGUGUGCUGGCUAUGUGAAGGGAGGCAAAGAUGCUUGUCAGGGUGACUCUGGGGGCCCACUCUCUUGUCCCAUAGAAGGCCUCUGGUAUUUGGCAGGCAUUGUGAGCUGGGGUGAUGCCUGUGGAGCCCCCAACAGGCCUGGAGUGUAUACUCUAACUUCUACCUAUGCCUCCUGGAUCCACCACAAUGUGGCAGAACUCCAGCCUCGUAUGGUUCCCCAAACCCAGGAGUCCCAGCCAGAUGGCCACCUCUGCAACCACCAUCCUGUCUUCAACUCAGCUCCAGCCCAGGGAUUAAGGCCCAUACUUUUCCUGCCACUGGGCCUGGCCCUGGGCCUCCUCUGCCUUUGGUUUGAACAUUAAGCUACUUAACCCUCAAAACUGACCAUUCUUCCAAAACCAACAGCACACCCAAGGACAUGUGCCGUUCCGGAGGGCAGUGCACCAACGUUAUCUUUGAGCCCAUUCUUCUUCAAUUGCUCUUUGGGAUUAUAAUCAAGGGCCAAGAAGUUUACGGCCUGUGGAAUGGGCCGGAAAUGCGAGCUCCCUUUCUCUACUGUCUGCAGUUUACUGGUUAGGCUCCUAUGGAACUCCCAGAAGCCUCAACCAGGAAAAUGAGCCCUGAUUUCCACCUGUGUCUAGUCCAUAGCGCGGCUGCCUAGCUGCGUGCUGCAGAAGACCAGCUUCAGGGCCCUACCCAUUCUGCCUGAUGAGCCCAUUACUUUGGCCUCUUCCUGUCUCCUGGGCUUUGUCUGUCCUUCAGGUAGGGAAGACCUCAGCCUACUCCACUAGCUGCCAAGCCUGCUUUGAGCCCAACUCCUGGACUCCGGAGGACUGAGCCCCCACCGGAGCUGGCUGGGGCUUGGAUCAGGGUGAGGGAUAAAAGGAGCAAGGAGUAAAUGUUUUGAACACAACUGGCUGUAUGUGAAAUGAAAUGAAGAAUAUCACCCUUUGGUAUCUCCUUUGCACACCAGCAGAAUUUACUUUAUUAAAAAAUGACACAAAACAGGU